AUGGAAGAGUCACAUGCUAAAAAUCUCAAAAAUAAGCUGAAAGGGAUAUCUCCCAUAUCCUCCGAGUGUUGUAUCUACAGGAUUCCAAAGCGACUACGUGACGUGAAUGAGAAGGCUUACACACCUCAGGUGGUCUCUCUAGGUCCGCUUCACCAUGGAGGAGAAGGCCUAGAAGCCAUGGAAGAUCAUAAAAUGCGGUAUGUGAAGGACUUCUUUGAAAGAACCAAUGUAGACCUGGAGGAUUGUUUCAAAACUUUGAAGGAAUGGGAAGCACAAAUCCGUUCUUGUUAUGCAGUAAACAUUGAAUUUAGUGAAGAGAAACUGGUGGAAAUGAUUCUGGUUGAUGGAAUUUUUACAGUUGAGGUCCUGCUGAGGAGUGCCUUCCCGACACUGCAACAGGAAAAUGACCGGAUAUUUGGGAAACCAUGGAUGGACAGGGAUGUAGUAUAUGACAUGUUGAUGCUUGAAAAUCAGCUCCCAUUCUUUAUCCUCGAAUAUUUCUAUUCCUUAGCCCAUGCCAGUAAUACUAUUCCUCUUGAAAAUGAUAUGGGGCUUUCCCUCAUUAAGCUCACCCAUAGCUUCUUCGAGGAAAAGGUAUAUAUAAGGCCACUGGAAGAGGUUUCAAACAAACUCUCGCAAUAUUCAGGAGCUAGAAUACAACAUUUUGUUGACUAUAUCCUAAAAUGUCAUCGGCCUUCACCUUCUGAGCUCCCACCCAAAAGAAAGCUCGACACUUUGAGUAUACCAAGUGCGACGCAGUUGAAGGCAGCUGGAGUCAAGUUUAUGGUGGUUCACGACACAACCCUAUUUGACAUUCAAUUUGAGAAUGGUAUUCUGAAAAUUCCACAGUUACGAAUACGUGGUUCGACAGAAGUUUUCUUUCGGAACCUUAUUGCCUAUGAGCAGUUUGAGCUCCAUGAUCAUUACAUAAGUGAUUAUGUAUUCAUCAUCGACCACCUGCUUGAUAGUUCCAGAGACGUGGAAUUACUUGCUAGGAGAGGAAUCCUUGAGUCUAAGCUAUCAGAUAGCAAAGCAGUGACGACUUUUAUUAGCACCCUUGACUUGGGGCCGAUUUUAUUCGGGACAAAUUUCUAUUUCACUGAGCUUUGUGAAAAGCUGAAUGAAUACUACGGCGACCCCUGGCACAACUGGAAGGCAAGUUUGCAACAAGAUUAUCUCAGUAGUCCAUGGGCCAUCCUAGCUAUCACGAUUGCAACUAUUCUACUAGUACUCACUCUAGCUCAAGCAGGGCUCUCCUUUGCGAAUCUUACAAAAGAUUGA